GAAUCGUCAUCCUCAAAAUUUAUGAUUAUAUUUUCUUUCUCUACUUCGUCACUACCUCUUUCUCAUGAGAGAGUAUGUUACUGCGCAAAGAACAACAAACUAAUUAGGUACUGACCAUUUCCGUCUAUAUAUAAGGCCAAUAACCCAACACGUUCUAUAAACAUAUAGUGACUAACCUCCCACUGAAGAGUAAUUGGUGGAUUCCAGCAAUGGCCGUGGUUCAUGGCAGUUGGGUCAAGCUUGAUCAAAGAGGAGAAGGGCAAGGAGCGAGAAGCUCACAUGCUAUAGCCAUAGUAGCACAGAAGGUGUAUGCAUUUGGUGGCGAAUUCGUGCCACGUGUCCCCGUUGAUAACAAACUUCACGUGUUCGACCUAGAGACUUUGACUUGGUCCGUGGCUGAUGCAUCAGGGGAUGCCCCACCGCCACGUGUCGGUGUCACAAUGGCCGUAGUGGGAGAAACCAUAUAUGUCUUUGGUGGAAGAGAUGGUGAACACAAAGAGCUCAAUGAGCUCUAUUCUUUUGACACAAGGGCCAACAAAUGGGCCUUGAUUUCAAGUGGCGAUAUUGGGCCUCCUCACCGGAGCUACCACUCCAUGACCGCAGAUGACCAACACGUGUAUGUUUUCGGUGGUUGUGGGGUCCACGGGAGGCUUAAUGACUUGUGGGCUUUUGAUGUUGUUGAGAACAAGUGGGUGGAGUUUCCUUCUCCCGGUGAGAAUUGCAAGGGGAGAGGUGGGCCGGGCUUGGUUGUGGCUCGAGGGAAAAUAUGGGUUGUGUAUGGCUUCGCUGGAAUGGAGAUGGAUGAUGUGCAUUGCUUUGAUCCAGCCCAGAAAACUUGGGCCCAAGUUGAGACUAGUGGGCAAAAGCCCACCGCCCGCAGUGUGUUUUGCAGUUUCAGUGAUGGGAAACAUAUAAUUGUGUAUGGUGGGGAAAUUGAUCCUAGCGACCAAGGUCACAUGGGUGCUGGUCAAUUUUCUGGUGAGGUUUAUGCAUUGGACAUGGAGACACUAGCAUGGAAGAGGUUGGAGGAUAAGGUGGAUUUCGGUGGCCAUCCUGGGCCCCGAGGGUGGUGUGCUUUUGCCAGAGCUUGGCGGGGCGGCCACGAGGGGUUGUUGGUGUAUGGUGGCAACUCUCCUAGUAAUGAUAGGCUUGAUGACAUCUUCUUCCUUGCUCUUUCUCAAGGGUUGGUGAAAUAGUAUGAUAUGGUCGCAUAAUCUAUGAUGGAUUCUAAAUGUGUUUAUGAUGUCAAUGAGUGGACAAUGACAUGAGAACUUAUGAAUCGUUGAUGGUCAAUUUAGUAGCUUGUGAAUGUUCUUGCGUAGUGAAACAAAUUAGGAAGUGUGUGCUUAAUUCUCAAUUAGAUGAUAUGAUGAAUUAAAAAUAUAUUUAUCACCCUGUGAGAGGACAAUGGCAUGGGAAUUAGGGAAUCUUUUAUACUUAUUGUAUGUAGCUUGUGAAUGUACUUGUGCUUUUGUACUGGAAUAAAUUAUUAAGUGUGUGAUCAAUUCUCAAAUAGAUGAUUUCGUGGCUCA